AUGCCGCCAGCAUUCAGCGACGAGGAGGCGUCCGACAAGGAAGUCGACCAGCGCUCCAGCGCAACGAAAUCCGGAUGGGGAAGGAAGUUAGUUCAAUACAAGGUGGAGGACCCCGAAGAGGAAGAUGUUGUACAAGGCGACGAUAAGAACGGCGAUGCUGGCGAGGACGAAGAAGGAGAUGAGGGAGACGAUGAAGUUUAUGUUGUGGAGAAAAUCAUGUCACACAUGAUUGACAAAUCUGGAAAACCGCUCUUCGAAGUCAAAUGGGAAGGAUAUGAAAAGAAGUCGGAUCGCACAUGGGAGCCCGAAGAGAAUCUGAUCGAAAAUGCGUCAGAGGCACUGAACGAGUACCUCGAGAGUAUUGGCGGCCGCGAGGCCCUUAUCAGAGAGACAGAGCAGGCCUUGAAAACUAAGAAACGUGGCAGGCCUUCCUCGUCGUCAACACCACAACCAGGGUCCAAGCGGUCCAAGAGAAAUGGCGAUCAUCCAGCAGACUCAGAGCCGCCGCUCAGCGCUAGAGCGGCAACAUGGAAGCCACCUCCGGGAAGUUGGGAGGAUCAUAUCGCGCAACUAGACGCGUGCGAAGACGAAGAGUCGGGCAAGCUCAUGGUUUAUCUCACAUGGAAGAACGGCCACAAGACCUGCCACGAAACUGGAGUCAUUUACCAAAGAGCUCCACAAAAGAUGUUGCAGUUCUACGAACGCCACAUCCGGAUCGUAAGGAGGGAUCCAGAUGCGGAUUCAGUCACAACCCCGUAA